AUGGUGAUCUCCGGCUCUAGAUUUGGAAGGAGGCGUUGGAUCGGGCCGAGAACAUGGCGAAAUCGAUUCCCCUUCAGAAUCUCUUCCCGACGAAUCUUUCGUCUCACAAUCCUAUGCCUCGCUUUGAUCGCAAUUCUACCUCCCAUUUUCUUCCAUUUCAAGCUCAAGCGCUUUCAGCAGAUGCAACAAGGGAAGUGCAAAUGGAUGAAUGAUCCUCCACUUGUGUGUGCUCAUGGAGGCGACUCAUCCAAGGCCUUUCCGAACACUAUGGAUGCAUAUAGCUUAGCGCUUCGUUCUCAAGCCAACUGCAUUGAAGUUGAUGUUUCUCGCUCUUCAGAUGGAGUCUUAUUUGCACUUCAUGACAGGGACUUGCAGAGGAUAACUGGAUCAAAUAUUUCUCAAGUUGGAAAUUUUAGCAUGAAAGAGAUAAAAAAUCUUGGAGCUUUUUAUCAACACACUAAUAAAUUGCUGGAUUUCAACAUACCUACAAUUGAAGAAGCUUUAGUGUUAAUAUCAAAAUCAGUUAAGCAGGUGAUUCUAGAUGCAAAGAUUGGACCACCGUCAUAUGAAAAUGGGCUUGCAAAGGACAUCAUUUCUGUUGUCGAGAAGACACAAUGUAAGAAUUGUCUUGUGUGGGCGAAGAGCGAUAGCUUAGUGAGGGACAUAAUCAAAUUAUCAUCGGAUAUGAAGGUGGGGUAUAUCGUAAUGAUGGACCCAUCUACAGGUGAAAGAACGAACUUGCUGAGAAUGAAAGGAGCCAAGGUGGUUGGUGCCUAUCAUCCAUUGAUUGAUGAAGACCUUAUGCGAAUGAUGCACAGGAGAGAUAAAAAGGUGUAUGCAUGGACAGUUGAUGAUGUUGAUUCGAUGAAAAGAAUGUUAGUCGAGGGAGUAGAUGCUGUCGUUACGAGCAACCCGACACUACUCGGAAGUGUAAUGCAAGAUAUCAGAACUACAUGCCUUGAGAAUGGUUUUUCACUUCCAUCAAGAUAAUGAAAGUACUUCAACAUUCCAACUCCUACACAAGCUAUUCUUUCGUUCUUUUUCCCUUUCAUUUCCCAUUGUUCCUCUUAUCUUCUGUGGAAGAUAUUGAUUUGUUUCUAAAUAGUUCCUCGUUGAUGCGUUGCAUACUCUCUGAUAAUCUUUGAUUAUUCAGAUAUACAACAUUAUAUAUCUCAUAAUAAGAAUAAGAACACAAAUUUGAAAUUUAA